UUUUAUUUUUAUGAUAAGAACAGGAGAUUCUAUCGCAAUCCAUGCAAAAUCUCCCGAUUAAAGCGUAAAACAUAAUUGAACGUUUUCUGCUACCAAAGUAAAUUCAAAUGUGUUCGCGAUACUUUUUAUCACGACGUGAUAACGAGACGAAAGGUGCAGGGUGCCGUACUUUCGUAGACGGCCCUGGAAGAGGGCCCCCUCCCUUUCGCCACGACAAUAACACGAACGAGACGUUCGCUAUUUCGUCGGGAGUACUAGCUGGUGUAUUACGGUGCGAUUCAUUGUGAUUCAUUGUUACGUGCUGCGAGAUCGAGUUCACGUAGACACCAUUGGACGCCAUUUCGUCGACCAGACGUCCGUCAAACUGUCGGAUGGCCAAGCCGUGGAGCUCGUGACAACCCGUCGAAACACGGAAACUAUUGUAUGAAUUGAGAUACAAUAUGGAGCUAGUGUCAGGAAACGACAAAGAAAAAGUGAAAGCUAAUGCAGAAGCUGCUGUUGCUGAUAAAAAUAAAAUAACAAAGGAAACUAUAAUGGAGCCAGUGUUGGAAAAUAAUAAAGAAAAAGCAAACAUUAAUAUACAAGUUGCUGUUGCUGAUAAAAAUAUAGCAACGAAGGAGCAAGUAGUUACAGACGCAGGGACGAAGAAAAACGAGGAUUCCACCAGUAAGCCAAAGAAAACCGUCGCAAAGGUCAAGACGAAGAAGGUUCGGAACAGUCAAACGAGUAACGAGCCUACGAAAUUGGAGGAUAAUCUGUCCCAAGUGGUGGAACGCUUCAAGAAAGGCUGUGAGUGUGUCGAAGAUGAAUGCUUCAAAGGCCUAAAUCCCGAGGUGGUUUAUCGGCACAGGUUAAACAUCGCGGAACUAACUAAAGCCGAGCAUGACAUGUAUUUAAUGGGCGUGACAAUGGCCUGUCUGACUGAUCCCUAUCAAACAGCCCGGCACACGGAACGACGUAGAUUACGUGCGCAGUACGUUUAUCAGGGUCGAAGAGUGUGCCUGGACGCUUUCUUGUAUCUGGAGAAUUGUACACAUUAUCAGCUCAAGCGAAUCCGGAAGCAUCUGAUGACGCACGGUGUGACGCCACGCAUGCAUGGUAAUCACGGCAAGAUACCGCACAACACGUUCUCGCUGGAAACGUACAAGAUCGCGAUGAAAUUCCUAAAGAGUUUUAUCGAGAUGCAGGAAACGAAGCAAAAGACCAAGCUCGCCAAGAACGCGCCGUUGCAUCUACCGUCGGAUUUGACGCGGAAAACUGUGCACGACCUGUACAUGCAGUACUGUAAGAAGGUGUCGCCCAACGUCAAGAAAUUGGGGUACUCGACGUUUCGGCGUUUCAUGAAGGUGCAGUUCCCGCAGGUGAAAUUCGCCAAACUGGAGUUCGCGAGAAGUCAGACCGCGCAGAAUCACUGCACGACCGAGUCCGAUGCGAGAGACGACACGGGCCAACGGAGAUCACCCAAGUCGGAAAUCGCCCUCGAGGCGAAAGGCAGUAAGAUACUACCGUUGGUAAUAACCAGUGAUCUAGGACAGACCGAUACCUACGUGCUGACGCCUAUCAGAAACUUGCAUGACAACUGCACUGCGACUUAUCAGGCAUUUUUUCCUGGUUUAGUACACGUCGCGUAUGUACUACGACCCGUUGGAUUUUUACAAAAGGCCAUUUCGGAAGUGUCGAAUAAAUUAUUUCGAGAGGAUUUCAAGUUUAGAGUUAUUUUCUUAGCUAACGUCGCCGAACUACAUGAGUUCAUAGAGAAGGAACAGCUUACCGAGCAACUCGGCGGCGAUUUACCAUAUUGCCAUCAUACUUGGAUACAAAACAGAAUUAGUUUGGAAAAGUUUUCAUCGAUGACGCAGGACGUGUCUCUCGCGUUGGACUCUUUCACGCGACGUUUGGCCGAAGUGGAAUUUCCUAACAACACUCUAGCUACGACAACACUAUUGUCGCAGCAACAAGCUGAAUAUAACGAGUUAAAAGAAGAAAUACUCAGCGCUGCUAGGCACGGAGAAGCCCUUUUGGAUAGUGUACGGCAGCUGACAGGAAAAGGAACGGCCGACAGAUUAGGAAAUGUUGCUGCAGUAGAGAGACUACUUGUUCAGUUGGAGGAAACUGAACGAACUUUCGACUUGUUUUGGUCGCAUCAUAGCUCACGUUUGAGACACUGUCUGGCUCUGCGGCAAUUCGAGCAAGAUUUUCGAGAAUUGCAAGCGACAUUAGAUCAGCAUUUAAAGACGGCGGAAGAAAUGACGGAAGUCGGCGAGACGCAAGCAAGAGUGGAGCAAUUAUUGCACGACACAUCAGCAUUUCAGCGAAUAUGCAGAGGAGACAUAGAUCGCGCAGAGGAGGUGAUAUCCGCUGGUCAACUGCUAUUGUCUGGAAGACAUCAGUGCCCAGCGGACGUUGUGGAACCCAAAUGCGUGGAGUUGCAGAGAGUCUGUACUAUUCUCAGUCAGAGACUCGAGAGACGACUCCUUAUGCUGACCAAGUGCAGGGAACUUAUGGAGCGUAUAGAUAAGGCUAACACUUGGUGUACGCGAGGGAUAGAAUUGUUAGCGUCGCAGAAUAGCACCACGCCACCGGAUCAGGCGCUCCAAGAGCUGCAACAAUUGAUCGAAGCCGCGGAGGAAUUUCAUCAUCCCCGAUGUAUCUUUCAGGAUUCUGUGAUGCCGGAAACUAAAGCGCUCAUCACACAAGUUCUACAAAGGAUAGAAGACGUAUCUUUGAUGUGCGACAAGAGAAUAAUGGCACUAAAACAACAGUUGAUUAAACCAGCUAGACCAGUACAAACCGUCACUCCAGAACCAGUCAAACCCUUACAAUCACUGCCUCAAACCGUAAAGUCUGGCAGAAUCCUUAAAAAAGCUAAUACCAUGCCAAAGAUGGAGAUGAGUCCUAUAGAGGGAGAGUCUUCGUCGCCGGAAAGCGAACCUCGAGACGUCGAAGCUUUACGCUUAAAGCGCGGCCACGUCUUGACCGAACUCGUAGAAACUGAGCGAAUCUAUGUCGCAGAACUUGGCUCAAUCAUUAAAGGCUACAAAAUGGAAAUGACAAACGAGGCAAUGGCUCAUUUGAUACCCGCUGCAUUAGUUGGAAAAGCGGACGUGUUGUUUGGAAAUUUAGAGGAUAUUUGUAUUUUUCAUGGAGAGACCUUUUUAAGGGAUUUGGAGAACUGCAUUUCGAAUACUGAGCUCGUCGCUUUGUGCUUUGUUCAAAGGCGCGAGAUGUUCUUUAGAUUGUACAGUUAUUAUUGUCAAAACAUUACGCGAUCUGAAAGAUUGCGCGAACAAAUACAAAGCGAGCCACAGUUUCUCGCAGCUUGCCAGCAGAAGCUUGGUCACAAGCUGCCGCUCGCUGCCUACCUUCUCAAGCCUGUUCAGCGAAUUACUAAGUACCAGUUGUUGUUAAAAGAUUUAUUAAAGUAUAGCGAUGAACCUUCGUGCUGCACCGAGUUACAGGAAGCGCUGGAUUGUAUGCUAGUUGUGUUAAAAUGCGUUAAUGACAGCAUGCAUCAAACUGCGAUAACAGGAUUUGGAGGCGAUUUGAGUGCACAGGGUGAAUUAUUGUUACAAGGCUCAUUUAGUGUCUGGAGCAGUAGUAAACGGGAGCGUCUGUUGCGACUAAAACCAUCUCAGCGACAUAUUUUCUUAUACGAAAAGGCUCUGAUAUUUUGUAAGCACAGCAAACCUCAAGCUCACGACAAAGCCACGUAUCAUUUUAAAAGAUAUUUGAAGAUGUCCCAGAUUGGUUUAACGGAGUCGGUGAAAGGCGACGCCAGACGAUUCGAGAUAUGGUUACAAGGUAGAGCCGAGGUGCACACGAUACAAGCGCCGAGCAUCGAUGUGAAGCAAUCCUGGGUGCGCCAUAUUAAAGGGGUUCUGAUGUCCCAACUAGCCGAACUUAAAGGCAAACAGAAUUCAGCUCUUGGAAAAUCCAAUCAUAAGCCCUUGAGACAAACUAUCUCGUGGGAAGCUCAAGGCAGUAUAUCGGGAUCUUUGCGAACGCUAUCCGUUGAUAGCAACAGCGUUAUCUCUCACAUGACUGACGUGUCGCAGUCCACAGAGGAGGAUGCGGCGUGGAGUUCGGAAAAUAGCAAUACGGACGACGAGGACGCAUUUGGCGACAGUCCGGGACCGGCACCUGGUGGAAGGUACGUGGCAUUGGCCGAUUAUUGCGCGGUGGGGCAGUCUGAAGUCACGAUGCGCGAGGGUGAUACCUUGGAGCUUCUCAAAGUUGGCUGUGCUGGCUGGUGGUUCGUCAAACUGAUCGGCAGCGGCGUGGAGGGAUGGGCACCCGCGGCAUACUUGGAACCGAUUAGUCGGAAAACAUCACGCAGUUCGCAGUCGGUGAACAGUCAAGAGACCAUAUGAAACAGGCGACUAACACACUAGAGAACCCGCUAGUGUGUUAGAUCUUUGUUCGUCUCUGGAGACCUCCGCAGUCGCGUUAGAGAGAUAUCCGUCGUUCGAUAUCUCAAGGAUUUUCCUAAAUAGCGAACGAUUUUUGGAAAUCUUUUACAUUUAAACGAGAUGAUGAGUUGGGUCAUUUUGUGUACCUUUCUUACGCAGUCCAGCAUAUACAAGGUUUGUUGAGUGACGCUUUUGCGUUUGCGAGAAACGUUAAGUUGAACAAGAUUUUUACGUUCACGGGAAUUUUAUAAUGCAUAACGAGAGGAAGAUAAAAUGGAACGAGACACUUGACAUUUCAUGAUGAUCGCACUGCGAACGGUUGAUUGAACAAGUUGUUGCAGUUGCGUCAAAUUGGAUGAGCUCGUUUUCGAGCAUUUACUGAAUUGUACAAAAUGUAGCAUUGAAUUAAGCCGGGAUAUGUACGUGCACACGCACAAUGGAUUACGAGACGAUCUCGUAUCAAUCACUACAAUUUCUAAUAAUAACGAUGCACAUGUCGUACUUCAGAAGGAAGGAAAAGACACGACUUUGACGUUAAAUCGCACGCGUCCUCGCGUUCGGUUACUUAUAAUUUUAAGAAGAAUUUGCAUGAAGUAUGUAAGCGUAUUCUGUAAAUGGUAGUUCUACUUGCGACCCGAGUAAUCAAAUAUCGGCUGUACGCGAUUAUUCCAAAGUUUAAUAUUGUUAUAAGAAAGAGAAAGGGAGGAAGACGUGUGACAUUUUCGUCCAGCGUUUUGUCGAUGAUACGCGUAACUUCAUUUGCCGGCUGGACGAACCCGAUAAACGAUCUUAUCCUUGUUCGGUGUAUUUUACGGCGUCGCGAGUAAUUAAAUAACGAUCGUCAGACGCGUUGCCGUCGUUCGCGUCAGUUAAGUAUCAUAUGUUGGCUUAGAGUUCUUAGAUAGAACCCUACAUGCAUCGUUAACAACCGAAUAGUACAAUUUAGCGCAGUUUUACGAGCUUUGAGAGUAUCCUAAAUGUUUCGUUUUUCGAAGAUUGAAAUAUAGAAUUUGCUUCCGGUUGAAAUAUAAAAUAUUCGCUAAGAUAAAUCCUCGAGCCUUUGAAAAAGGGGAAAAAACGUGUGAUAAAAGAAACCGUUAGACCGAUGCUUUUACAAACUAAUCAUUGUAAACACCUGCAGAGAAAGAGAUGUUUAAUUAAUAUUACGCCAUUCUCUUAGAACGUUAGAUAUAUUGUUGACGAGUCAUUGCGACCAAAUAUAAGCUUGAGAUGUUACUAUCACUAUAUGUGAACCAUUCGUUUCGGGGGAGUAAUGUGCGGUGGUAGGUGGUGGGACAGAGAGGAUUCAAAGAAUCAUAUACAACGUGUACACAAAUUUUCUAGGAGGCUAAACGGUUAACACCAAGUAACACGCAAUAUCUGAUACCGAUAAAAAUCUUAAUGCAUAAUAUAUAUACUUUAGGAUUAUACAAUAAGCAAUCUUUUAGCGGAUUUCGUAACCCACCAAUUUCAUAAGUCUCCAUUAUGAUAUAUACGACAAUGUAUAAUAGUAUCAUUUGUACUGAAACGUUUGUACGAAUACGGAUAACAUAAUUUAAGAGGGAUCAUCUCGAUCGCUAUGAUUUUCUUUCCGAUGUCGCGUGCGUUAAUUGUGUCCGCUCCUAUGAUACGCAAAAGGACAUGAUCGCAACUUUUAUUCUUAUAUAGCCUACAUGAGUCUCUGCUUUAGUAUUUAUAAUCCGAGUAUUUUUAUUUGUACAGAGUUAUCGAUAUUUAUUAGAUAUUUAUUAGCUAUAUUUAUUGAGAGUAGAAAAUUAUUUAUUAUAUCGCAAUAAGAGAGUUACGAUGAUUUAUACUGGCUCAGGCUGCUUCAGACUGAUUUACAAUUGAUGUAAAUGCGAUACGUUGAAAGCUAUUGCGUAACUUACGCAAAUUUUACGAUUGCGUAAAUCUUAGAUCGAGUAUAUGUGAGUUCGUUUCUUGUCGGGCAACUUGCGUUUUGCACAACUUGCACCUCCGAUCGUACAAGCACGGUAUUUCUUCUUCGUCACGUCUGUUACUUUCCACGUCUUCUCAGUCGCACUUAGAAUUGUAAUACAUCUACGUGUAUUCAUCCAUUUGUACGCCGUCCUUAUAUUGACCGUAAAAUUUCAAUCAAACGAGCAAUGUUAGUUUAACACGAUACGUUUCCUCAAAGCGUCCGCUUUGCGUUGCGAUAUCGAAGAUAACGAAUGUGCGGUCGAUUUCAUUUUUUUUACGGUUCUGUAUAAAGAGAAGACAUAACAGUUUAACUCGAAAGAAAUAAUAAUAAAAUGCCGCUCGUUGUAUUUAUUGUCCGCGAACGUUUCCGCAAUAUGUCACCUUCACUGGAAGUCGUUCGUGGAAUCUUGCGAGCGAUUCCUCAUCUAUGUAAAUCGCGUUAAAAAGCGACCAAGCCAAGGGUGAUAUCUAAACAUGCAAGACGCGUUUUUUGUAGAAUCUAUAAAUAUACACAUGUAUAUGUAUACACGCAUACACAUACAUAUAUACAUAGACAAUAAUUAUAUACCCGCUGUUGGAGGAUGCAUGACAAUGCGUCCGUUUACAUAACGAUAAUUCAUGAUAAAGCAUGAUAAAGCAUGACCGAAGAAGCGAUACUUUCCUCGGCGAUCACCGGGGCAAAUAGAAGCAGGUUUCUGCGAGUGAAUCUCUCGCCGUAGUCGGAAUUACGACAUUAAUAAACAGAGUUGUCACAAAACUCGAAAUCAGGGAAAUUAGGAAAAGUCAGGGAAUUUUGCAUAGUUUUCUGGAAAAUAAAAGAAGUUUAAUAUGCAUACCUACAUUAUGCAGUUUGGGAAUACUACUAAUUUAAUAAUUAAA